UUGCGCACGCGCUCACAGUGUCAGCGUCAUUUGUGUCAAAAGUGAUUGUGAAAUUGUAUCCAGUGAAAAGUUUUCAUGGAAAAUUUUCAGUUUGUUGAAGAAGAGGAUUUAUUGGUCCAUUUGUUAGAUGUAUGGGAUGUGCCUUUCAAUUUUCAACAAAAAUUUAAGGACCUCGGUAUCACAACAAAAGACUUGGAAGAGCAUCUCGGAAGGGACGACCUUGCGUACAUUUUUAAGGAUGACUGGCGCGAGAAAAUAAAGUUCCAAAGGAACCUAGAUGACUUUAGAAAGGAAGGACAGAAGCUGCAGAAUAGUACAGAUUGCACUUGUUGCAAAAAACAAAACUUUCUGAAAACAACAGGCAAUAUCGAUGAGACUAUCCUCGGUAUUUUGUUGACAACAGUGCAGGGUAAAGGACUCUUAAAAAAGUAUCAAGAUCUCAAAACCUUGAGCUCAGAAGACCAGACCACUCUAGUGGAAUGUAUUUGCCACUUCUAUCUGGAUAGAGAAAUUAAUCUCGGAGUUAAACAAUUUCAGUUCUUAGCUGAAGACAUCGUGAAGAACUUUCCAACUGAAGUUGAGUGCGAGGAAACAAAAAAUUAACAUAUUGAGUCAGCCCACGCCUAUCGAUCCUCCGCCACUUCAGGGAGAUGUUCGGGUUCGAUCCCAAGACGUUCCAAGGCAAGAUUCUGAAUUUGAUUCAGCCACCUUGUCCUAGGUCUGCCGCGAGGUCGACGCCUUCUCACAAUGGCUUGCAUAGCUUUUUUGGGGAAUCUUUUGUAUUACACAUUUAAAACAAAUAAAAACUAUGUAAAGAAAUAGAUACUUAAUGAUGAAAUCUUGGAAUUUGAGUAAAAAUUAAUAACCAUUUUAAAUCUAUGUAAAACAUAAAUGAUAAUUACAUUAUAUCACAGAUCAAUAACAGUAAUUUCAAAGUAAAAUACGAUAAAAAUAUAUGGAGAAGUCAUGAAUUCCUAUAAAGUUUUUAGAGAAGAUAAAAAUAAAAAUAGAACAUAUUUAACAGAUAAAUUAAAAAAAAAACAGAUAAGCAGGAUGAAUAACUUAAUAAAAUCUUAGUUUUUUCUCAAAAUAAAUCAAUCAUUUAUAUGUGCUAUUAUAAUAAUAAAACAAAAAUAAAUAACCACAGAUUUACUAUGCCAAUGUGACUGUUAAAAACACACCUAUGAAAAUAUAGAGAAAAUGAAUUUUUUUAAACAAAUCUUUGGCAAAGAUUAAUAUAAAAGUAGAACAUACAAAAUAAAUAUAUAAGAUAAAUGUUUACUAAAACUUUAGAGUUGUCAAAAUAAAACAGAACAAUUUAACAAAUCUGAAUUGGAAAAAUAAACAAAAAUAUAUUAUACUACAUAUCUAUCAAACAUUUAAAAAAAGAAGAAUUCAUAUGAAAAAAUAGUGAAUUUCUUAGUGUUCUUUUGUCAAAUUUUUAUUUUUUUAAUUAAAUCUAUUAAAAAUUUAGUAAAUGGGUAAAUCUUGUAACUAACCUUAUAAUUAAAAAAAAAUUGUGCUAAAUAACCGUAAAUAUCACUUGAAUAUCUUCCAUAGUUUUAAGGCAAAACAUAACAGUACAAAUAUUAUAUAGUACAAAAAUGAAAUUAAAAAAAUAUAGCUUUAUUAAAUAAUUUAUAAUCCACUAGUAUUUCAGAAAAGAAUAUUUCAUGGAAAAGUAGUGAUAUAUUUAAACUGACAAUAUAUGUAAUCUGUGAUGCUUAAAAAAAUAAUUUAAUAAAAAAUGAUAAA